UAUGCCCCCGGGCACAGCAAUCCGCUUCCACAGCUAAUGAGGACUUCACAGGCAUCCAAACCACCCGCUAGCCUCUCGCUGGUGAAGGUUAAGCACCGUCACCGAUGUCGCUCAGGUUAUCCCGUCUCGCUCCCCUUCCUUUCUCUUUCUCUCUCAAUUUCAGUCCCUUUUCUAAAUUACGCCUCUUCUCUCACCUCUCUGAAGCUCAUCUGGAGUUGGGGUUUUCAGAAGCCCUAAAACCUUCAAAAGACGCAGAUCAUCUCUCCCAAAUCCUAAUCCAACAUCACAACCCAUUUCACACCAUCGAAUCCUCUCUCCAACUCAGCGGAAUUAGGGUUUCAUCGCACCUCGUUCUUCAAACCCUCCUCCGCCUUAGAAACCUCUCCAAAAUCGCGUUAGGGUUUUUCACCUGGGCCCACCACCAGCCCAAUUACCACCACGAUGUGGCCGCUUAUGAUCUCAUGAUCGACAUCCUGUCGAAAGUCCGGCAAUUCGACGUCGCCUGGCAACUGUUCGUCGAAAUGUCCCAACGAGGUCAAAACCCGACACCAAAUACUUUCGCUGUUUUAAUUCGUCGGUACAUUGCUGCUGGGAUGACCAGGCAGGCGAUUCGUACUUUUGAUGACAUGGGCUCGUUUUGUGACCGAAAGACCGAUCUGGGCCACUUCAAUUUCCUCCUUGACACACUAUGCAAGUACGGGUACGUGAAGAUCGCGACAGAGAUUUUCAAUAAGAGGAGAUCCGAGUUCAUCCCAGAUGUGAAAACAUACACAGUUUUGAUUUAUGGGUGGUGCAAGAUCAAUCGGUUUCCAAUGGCUGAGAAGUUCUUUCGGGAGAUGAUUGAUCGCGGGCUUGAACCCAAUAUAGUCACUUACAAUGUUCUUUUAAAUGGGUUGUGUCGGAAAUCUAGCUUGCACCCGGAAACCCGGUUCGAGAGAACUAUUCAGGCUGCGGAGAACUUGUUUGAAGAAAUGCAAAGAAGAGGGGUGGAGCCAGAUGUUACAAGCUAUUCAAUAGUUUUGCAUGUUUAUAGCCGUGCGCAUAAGCCUGAUUUGUCACUUUGGAAAUUAGGGCUGAUGAAGGAGAGUGGGAUUAGCCCGACAGUUGCGACAUACACUUCUGUUAUUAAAUGCCUUUGUUCAUGCGGGAGAUUGGAAGAUGCAGAGAAAUUGCUCGAUGAGAUGGUGGGGAACGACGUUUGUCCAUCUGCUGCGACCUAUAAUUGUUUCUUUAAGGAAUACCGUGGAAGGAAGGAUGCUGAUAGUGCUUUGAAAUUGUAUAGGAAGGUGAGGAAAUUGUUGAUGUCAGAACCUAGCAUAUUGAGUAUAAAUUCAUAUAAUAUUUUGGUUGGAAUGUUUUCUAAGUUGGACCGGAUGGAGAUAGUGCGGGAGUUAUGGAAUGAUAUGAAAGAGAGUGGGGUCGGGCCAGAUUUGGAUUCUUACACAUUGUUGAUUCAUAGGCUUUGUGAGAAACAAAAAUGGAGAGAGGCUUGCCAGUUUUUUGUGGAGAUGAUAGAGAAGGGUUUCCUUCCACAGAAGACCACAUUUGAGACAUUGUACAAAGGGUUGAUACAGUCUGAUAUGUUGCGCACUUGGAGGAGAUUGAAGAACAAGCUUGAGGAAGAGUCGUUGAAGUUCGGUGUAGAUUUUCAGCAAUAUCAUUUCAAGCCUUAUAGGAGAUGAUGAUACCGAAGGUCUUGGAGUAUGAGAUUGUUGUGCUACUACCGUUAGUUUGCAAGAGGAUCAAGCCGCUUGGUUGGAAGAGAAUUCUUUCAGGAGUUGAAGAGAAUUGUCUGGGACUUUUUUUUUUUCUAAGGAUUGUUGGGAUACCAUCAAUGCCGACUUCAUGAGUUUCACUUUCUCUAUCACGUUUAAUGGAUCCCCAAUCGGGCUCUUUCCUAGUUCCAGAGUGUUGCAUGAGGGUGACCCUCUAUCACCUCUUUUAUUUAUGAUUGUAGCAGAGAUUUUGAGCUUAUUGAUGUCUACGGCAGUUAAGAGUUACGGCUUCUCAAAGGAUUUGAGUUUGGAGGUCAGGAGCUUUCGAUUUCCAAUCUCCAAUUUGUAAACUAUCAGCUGAUUUUGUGCGAGGCAUCUGUGCAUCAGCUCUAGAUUGUCAAAAUGGUGCCGGAUGCUUCGAGGUGGAGGUUUGGAAGAAGGGGCUAGUUCCCAGGGCCACUUGGCAGAAAUGUGGAGUCAAAUAUUUGGAAAUCUAUGGAUUUGAUCAGUUGGAGAGUUGGGCAGGUUAUAUCUUCCAUUCCAGGAAGAGUGGACCAGCUGUUUGAGGAAGGAACAAGGUUCGUGCUAGGGAAGGGGGACUGUAUUCGGUCUUGGAAGGAUGAGCAGUGCUACCUGGCGAUUUUCUCUCUCGUGGUGAACAAGGAAGCUUGGGUUAGAAUCUUUUGAGAUGGUGGGAGGUGCUGGGGUGUGGAAUGUCAUGCUGAGGCGUAACUUACAUGAAGAGGAGGAGGCAGACUUCAUUGUCAUUCUGAAAUCUUAAAGCACAGUCAGGUUGGACUGAUCAGAAAAGGGUUGCAAGGGGUGGAAGAAGAGCCCAGGUGGCCUGUUUGUCUCUAAAUCAUUAAUGCACAGGCUUUGCAAUUAGAGAGUUGCUCAUCACCCGUGUGCCUUUAUUUGGAAGGUCACUCUCUCCCUUAGUGCAAACAUUCAAGUGGACGACAGCAGCAAACAAAAUCCUCUCAGUUGACAACCUUGAAGAAAUGAAAUAUAGCGAUGCUGAACAGGUGGGUCAUGUGCAAGAAUAAUGAAGAGUCGGGGGACCAUCUUUUCAUCGGUAGCCCAGGCAGUUUGGUCUCAUGUUGGCAACUUUUUGGAAUCAAGUGGAUCACGCAUGGUUCCUUGAUGUUAUCACAGGUUGGGGAGCAGACCCGUUUUCUAAUCGUGGUAAGGUUUUACGGAAGCUUCCUUUCGCAAUAUUUAGGGGGAUUUGGAAAGAAAGGAACGGUAGAAUUUUCAAAGGCAAAGCCCUUUGGAUUCCUUUUUUCUUUUUCUUUUUUUCUUUUUAACGAUAUGCGGUGGGCUUGUAUUUUUUAUUUUGUUUGCUUACUCCGUGUGGAAUGACGAGAGGGUCACUCGUUCACCUUUCAAUUCGUAAUGUUGUCCUCGUUGUAAUGAAUUUGUUAUCUUCUCAAAAAAAAAAAAAAAAAAAAAAAAAAGAGGAGGAGAA